AUGACUAUUAUCAGCUGUAAUAAUGCAGUUUACGAGGAAACAUACACUGAAAAGCUGAGCAAACUUCAUGAAAAAUUGAUCAAUUUAAGUGCCGGCAAAAAUAAUAGCCGAAAACAUCCAUGGAAUCACAGCAAACCGGUAGAAAUUAGAACGUUCCUAAACGUUGAACAUCUGAUGGUCAAUCAGAAGGAAGAAACAAUGCAACUUAGCGGUGUCAUCUCAACAGCUUGGGAAGAUCGAAAUCUUGUCUGGAAUCCAGCCGAUUAUGACGGCAUUAAGACGGUUAUUAUGAAACAGUGGGAAGUUUGGACACCGCAGUUACAUAUUUUGAACAGUGCUUCUGGAAUGUCAGGACAUCUCGAAAUAGACCGUCACACCUCAUUGACUGUAUAUUUGCGGGAACCAGACCGAAGUACCAUUGUCAUGGAAGCACCGUAUUCUAUCAAAUUUACUUGUAAAUUUGACUAUACCGCAUAUCCGUACGAUAAGCAGCGGUGCCAACUUGCAAUCAUCGACGUACGACCGAUGAGCAAAGUUCAAUUGAAAGCCAUUUCAGCACCACCAUAUGUUGCACUGUCCUGGCAAAGAAAGGAAAAGGAUCGGAUGAAUAAGUGGCAAGUUGACGAAUGGAUUCUUAGGAACAUCAGUGCACAAAUCAUCUAUUUGGACAGUAUCAAUUAUGUAUUCCAUAGAACACUGCCUGGUACCAGUUUCAAUACGGAGAAUUUUUGGACAAUAUUGAUAGCACUAAUUGAAGUUGAACGUAACAAUCCGUAUUACGGUGCAGCUGUAGUACUACCAACUAUAGUUUCAUUUUCAAUCUUAUCAUUUUCGUAUCUGCUAACCAAUCCAAUAUCCGCAAUAUAUGUGCUGUUAUCAAAUUUUCUAUUUCUUGGUCUCUAUUUGCAAGAUUUGUUCAAAAUACUACCGCCUGCAGUCGGUGGUCUACCAAAGAUUGGUUAUUUUAUUGGAUUGGACAUCUUUUUAACAGCUAUUUCAUUGUUCGGACAACUAUGGUUUACAUGUGCGCUGAAAAAAAGCACUAAACUUGGCCCAUUUGCAACGAAGUUGUUAGACGGUAAAGAAGCGUUCGUUAAACUGUCAACUUCAUACUGGAAUUGUCAAUCAACUUUUGAAUCUGGUGACAGUGCGGUGAUCCUAAGUACUUCGUUGUCAUCAUUAACGUCGUCAUCGUCGCUCUACACAUGGCAUGCUUUAGUGGAUUUGUUGCGAAUUUGUUUUGCAUUUAUUUUUCUUAUUGUAUUAUUCAUAUCGAUAUUAGUGCUAUUGUUAUGA